GAGGAGAACAAAGUCCGCCGCCCUGGGAAAUGUUGUGAAGAGUGUGUCCUUUCCAAGGGCAGCUGUGUGCACAACGGCACCCUCAAAUACCACAAUGACCUGUGGAAUGGUACGGACUGCAGCUUCUGUAGCUGUGAUGGAGGCCAGGUGGCUUGUCGGAAGGCAAAGUGUGCCAAAGUGGACUGUGCAAAGGGUGAAGAAUUAUUUCAUUUACAAGGCAAGUGCUGCCCUGAAUGCAUCUCGAGAGGGGGUUCCUGUGUUUACAAGGAAUAUACCAAAGAUGUAAGCCACUGCCAUCCUGAUUGUUUGACCUGCAACCAGGCAUUUGAUGGCUGUGAUGCCUGCCGAGAUUCCACCAAGUUUCUACUGAAGGGGCGUUGCGUUGACAGCUGUGGGGCUGGCUUCUAUCCAGAUGCUGGCCUUUGCGUAG